CGCCCGAUUCCUUCUACCUUCUGAACCUAGCAGAAAAUGGGAAUCUUAACUGGGCUAGUGUUUCUAGUUUUGCUUUUCCAAGGAAGGUAUACACACGGAUUUAUACUGGGAACAAAUGUUACUCAAGGAUCUUGCGAAGAUGCCACUCCGACAUGUGACCUGUUCGACAUAUGUCAACAGAAUGUGGAAAAAGCCAAGGAACUUUGCAGGAAGUAUUGCAACCUUUGCGACGUCAUUGAUGGCUCCUGGUCCGUUUGGGGAUCAUGGGGUCGGUGUGACGUCACGUGUGGUAACGGAACGAAGUCACGUGUAAGAUCAUGUAAUAACCCUGCCCCAGCACAUGGGGGAGACGAUUGCCAAGGCGCCAAAGAACAAACAAGCACCUGUGUGGUAAAUCCGUGUCCAGUCAACGGAGGAUGGAGUGGAUGGUCUUUAUGGGGCUCCUGUAGCUCUUCUUGUGGAAUAGGAAUGCAACGGCGAGACCGCACCUGUGACAACCCUUUGUCAUCUAAGGACGGCAACCCAUGCUUCGGAGAUAGUGUUGACAACCGCAUAUGUACAGAUGUUCAGUGUCCAGUUGGUUGGAACUCUUGGUCGGGUUGGACUUCAUGUAGCGUUACGUGUGGAACAGGUCUGCAGAGAAGGUACAGGUCAUGCCAGAAUCCGAUGACUUCCCUAAUUAACGACAGCUGUUCUGGAGACCCAACUCAGUUUCAAACAUGCACGGACAAAGCAUGCUCAUCAGCGUUUACGGCGACCGGAUAUGCACCUUACGGAUAUGACUCGAUCCGAUUUCCUUCCGUGAUCCUGAAUGAAGGCAACGACUACAACAGCGCUACAGGCGUGUUCACCUGCCGUGUACCAGGAUUGUACAUAGUCACUGCCACCAUUGGGAAUUUUUUUGGAUGGAAUGUGGAUUAUGUAGCAUGCUACAUACAACUGAACGGGAGCAAUAAGUUACGCCUCUACCAUGAUCCGCAAGGUGAUGACCUUGAUGGUUAUACAUCCUCCUCCACAGGAACAUUUCGUCUGCAAGUAAACGAUCGGAUCAGCGUUGGUAGCUGUUCAUCCAGAGAGUUUAUUUAUAAUUCAACAAUGACUUCAUUUUCUGCGGUGCUUAUUCGUCCUGACCAGAUAUAAUUCUAUACAUAAGAUGAAAAAAAACACAAACAUGUAGCAGUAUAUACAUAUAUAUUUCAUCUAAUAUAUAGAUAGAUAGAUAGAUAGAUAGAUAGAUAGAUAGAUAGAUUUAUUACAGCAUAAAAUGUACAUAGCAUGGAAUUAAACACAUGACUAUAUAUCUAAUAUAUAGUAUCCAAGUUGAUAAUAAAGAGAGUAAUGACCAAAUUGUAUUACGCCGUGCUCCAUAUGCAAAACAUCGUUUUCGUGCAAAUGAGUUACACAUGAGUGGUUCAGUAAAAUAAAUGUCUAUAUAGUGUUUUCGGUCGAUAUAUAUAGUCGAUCAUUGCUGUCAUACUGAACAAUACAGUUUGAUUAUGUUUUUAAUGAAAAUACUAAAAGCUGCACUCUUACAGAUUAAAGGUUUUGACAACUUUUUUUUGUCUUGGAACGAGCCAAUUUUUGCAAAAAUGAUCCUUGGAAACCAGUUAUAUAAGA